AUGAGUCGAUCUGCUGGCCAGCGCCUCGAACCGAUUUCAGAAGAGAUUACUCCUGCGGAUCAUCAAAUUCUAUGCCUUGGGGGCACAUCUUCCAACCUGGAGAGAUUACAGUCCCGGUUACAACGUGCGAAGCGAAGAUCACCAGACUUCAAGAUCCAGCUGGAAGAAACAGCAUAUGAGAUGAGCUAUCUCAGAGCAGAGCUCCAGUGGCAUAAAGAGACCAAGCAGAUACUCUUGCAGUUCCAAGAAAGCAUGUUUGAUAUAUUUGGCGCCCUGGAAGAAGCCCUCACUCGAGCAACAGCGCGCCUGCACGACUCAGAACAAGAGUAUCUGAUGCUGUGGAAUUCAAAUUCCAGAAGUGGAACUGGAAGCUACCUUUAA